CAGUCUUCUUCGCGCUGCUGGUCGUCUCUGCGUGUGUGAGGUCGAGCUGCGGCGGCUGCCAACUUUUUCUUCGAGCUGCGAAAAUUGCUCCCGAAAUAUUCGGAUUUUCUCGUACUUUCCCGGUAGUUUAGAGCUCGUAAAACCGCUUCCGCGCGGCCGCGUCUCGAAUUUUUUAAGCAGUUGAACGGAAACUUUAAAGUGCACGCAUCAUGACCAGAGCCAACAUCGAGCUGGGGGACGUGACCCACCACAACCUGAAGCAGCUGAAGAAGAUCAACACGGUGGUGCUGCCGGUUCUCUACAAUGACAAGUUUUAUCUGGACGUGCUGGAGUCGGGCGAGCUGGCCAAGCUGGCAUAUUACAACGACGUCGUGGUCGGUGCCGUCUGCUCGCGAAUCGACACGUCGGAAAACAUGCGCCGGCUGUACAUCAUGACGCUCGGUUGUCUUUACCCGUACCGGAGGCUCGGCAUCGGCUCCGUCAUGGUCAAGCACAUCCUGAACUACGUCGAGAAGGACGGCAACUUUGACAGCAUAUUCCUGCACGUGAAGGUCGACAACGAGGGCGCGAUCGAUUUCUACAAGCAGUUUGGCUUCGAAAUUGUGGAAACCAAACAGCACUACUACAAGCGCAUCGAGCCGGCCGAUGCCCACGUGCUGCAAAAAACUCUGACUAAGCGCUCCGGAAGCCAGCAGCAGCAGCAGCCCGCUCAGCCCAUCGCACUUCCGGCCCCGCAGCAGCAGCAGCCGCACCACCAUCAGAACGGAAUCGGACCCAACAACAACGGCAGUCAGAGCAUCCAGAACUCGACCUCGCAGCAGCAGCAGCAGCCCGAGAAGAAUCGAUAAACCCUCUCCGAGGGGGACGUCGUGAAACCCACUUUUUUCUCGGCAAGCGGUAGCGCGCGUGUUCUUUUAACUGUUAAUUUAUUAGAAAUCAACAAAACAAGCAAGAAUUACUUCACGGUGUGCACCUGCCCCAAAACUCACGCAAAAGCAAACAGAAUUCGCAAAUUAAUAGUUGGAAAGCGAACAGAACAGAGAGAGAGAGGGUGGUAUUUUAAUUUCUGGCGAAAGUCGAAACGACUCAAACCACGCAGCGGCCAGUGAGCGAGGGAGAGAUAUUGUGGCGCUUUUUUUUUUUUUUGGAAGAACGAACAACAAAACAAACAACAAAUUUAAAAUCUUGGAUGUGUUUCUCCUAGCAUAAGUCGAAUAAAAAGGUAAACAAGUGAAGCAGUGCA